AUGGGUCCGAAAAAGACACUGACGGCAGAGGAGGGUGACGACAUUAAGAACUCUCUGGACUUCUUGUCUGAGGAGAUUUCAAUUGUGAAAUUACAGCAGAAAUCUAUCCUGGACCUGGUGGAGGAGGUGAAGGCUCUCCGGACCCAGAACGCCAAAAAGGACCAGCGUCUGGUGCACCUGGAAAGACAGUGGCGGAGCUGGAGAAGUACACCAGGGCCAAUGAUGUGA